GAAGAUGUUGAACGUCAAUAGAAGCGAUGUUUUGUGUCAUGAGUUGCAGUGAAAGUCUUAUGCACCUUAUUAAGAAGUGAUGCGUCGCGUCAUUCAUUGUGGAAGUUUAUGAGCGUCUGUUCACUGUCCAUCCUAAUAAAUGAUCAGACAAGGUCGAGGAACACACUGUUAUGCAUUCAAGCGAUGCAUUUAGGAAAAAGGCUUUUGGUGGUGCUGCUCUUGCUGCAGUGGAGCGCUCGAAGCCUCGGCGCAAUGAGAGACAGCGCAACAGACACACAUCCCCACUGUGUCACUGAUGGAUCGGUAAAAUACUCUUCUGAUCAGCCCUUCAGUAGCUCACUGCAGCUUUUUGACAAAGGUAAGAUGCACAUUGCAAGAGAGAGACCUGCUCAAUUCUGACCCUAUUAAACUGGGUGUCAAUGAGGGACAGACAGUGGACAUUUACACAGCAUGUCGACAAAACAGCUCAGAGCAGUUUAAAUGUCUCUGCUACCAAAGGGUAAAUUCCACUAUGCAUCUGUUACAGCACUCUGAGAGAGUUGAAAAUGGAACAUACACUUUACUCUGUGGCAAUCGCAGCCUUACAGUUGUGCAGUCACCACAAAGGAGGCCAUCAGUCCCAGUGCUCAAAGCUAUUGCAAGAGCAGGACAAAAAAAUAUUGCUGAUAUAGUUUGUAUUUCUGAGGGGAAUCCUAAACCAACCAUCAAGUGGAAUGGCAACAACGGAAAUCCAGAGGAAGUCAGGGAAAAUAGGUGGAAUAGGACAGAGAGCAGUUUGAUUAGUAGCCCUGAUUGUCCAAAGUGCUGUGCCAGUAAUUUGCUGGGGGAAGAAUGUUCUGAGGUCUAUCAUUAUGAUCUGGAGACGAAGGUGGAUGGGCAAAAGUCUCAAAUUUUCCUGAAAUCUGGUCAGUCUUUGCUACUCCGAUGCAUACUGGAAACAAGAAGAAGAAGUCCUGAAUUGAGAUGGUACUUCAACAACUCUUUGGUCAGUGGAGUCACUUCGCUAUAUUAUUAUUAUUGGAUGGAGCUCCUCUCUGUUGAAUCAGUUAAUGUGAUGCAUAGUGGAGAGUACAUCUGCAAAUCUAAAUACAACCACACUGUGUCCACCUAUGUCAAGGUCUUUGAAAAUGACAAAAUCGACAUAUUGCAGCUGAAUGCGAACAACAGCAUUCUAGCACAAAAUAAGGCAAGCUUCUGCUUCCAGGCUCUGGUGUUCUCCUACCCAAAAGCCCAGUGCCACUGGAUUAUACCAAAUCAAACCAAAAUCAAGUGCAGAGAGACUCAUUACCAUCAUCAUAACAGUACUUUUAAGCUGUGUAAUCCCAAAUCAGGCCAAUAUCAAAUUAAACUAGAGACUCAAGAACAUAGUGUCAUAAGGAAUAUGUCUCUUUGCAUAUCAGACAUUCCUAGAAUUAAAAUACUUAAAGAUCUGAGCUUCACCACUUGCAAGACUCAAAGCUCCACACCUGUGGCUCUAUCUUGGAAAAUCUGCCCAUCACAUGCUAAAUGUAUUGAUCCUGAAGACUGGAAAGAGAUGCCCGUUGCCCCCACUGAAUUCCCAGACUCUGAUCAGUUCUGUCAAAAGAAGAUUGUCUUUGCCAGACCACGCUCUUACAGAGAGGACCAUCUUAUUAAAUGCUGCAUAACUAACAUAGAUGGGACUCACUGCAGUGACCCAAUACUACUGCAAACGAACUCCUACAUUGAUUAUGUAAUUUGCUUUGUGCUCAUUGUUGUACUACUUGUGGUCAUCUUUGCCUUAAUCAUCUUCAUCAGAAUAAAGCCUAUGUACCAGAGUCAAAUCCAGAUGAUUCAGAUGGUCGGACCCAACAACAAUGACUACAUAUACAUCGACUUCAGGGACUUUAAGUAUGACCCCAAAUGGGAAUUUCCACGAGAGAAUCUGGAGCUUGGAAUAGAACUGGGGUCUGGCGCUUUUGGGAUGGUUUUGCAGGCGACAGCGUAUGGAAUCAGCAAGCCAGGAGUUUCUAUUCAGGUAGCAGUAAAAAUGUUAAAGGAGAAGCACCAGGCAGUGGAUAAGGAGGCUCUGAUGUCUGAACUGAAAAUGUUGACUCAUAUUGGACAGCAUGAAAACAUUGUCAACUUGCUCGGAGCUUGCACAGGCUCAGGUCCCAUAUACCUGAUCUUCCAGUACUGCUGUAAUGGAGAUCUCCUGAACUACCUGAAAAGCAACAGAGAGUGUUUUCACAAAUAUCUGACUGAUGCUUUCAACAGGGACAGAUUCAGAGGCCUCUACCACAACUUUCAGCAGAAGAGAAACUGCAGUGAGUGUGUUGAACCUAGUGACGACCCGUGUCUGCACAACACAACUCCUGUAUUCAAAGGACAGGAGAAUGAGGCACUGCUCCAAUCUAGCGUCAGCUCAGUGUCUACUAUUGAGGUCUGUGAAGAAAUGCUUGAAUGUGAUUAUGAACUUCAAGAAGAAGAACUUCAGAGUCUCACCUAUGAUGACCUGCUGAGUUUCUCUUUUCAAGUCGCAAAGGGCAUGGACUUUCUUUCUGCUAAAAAUUGUAUCCAUAGGGACUUGGCAGCCAGAAAUGUUUUGGUGACACAUGGCAGACAGGUGAAGAUCGGUGAUUUUGGCCUCGCAAGAGACAUUGAAAAUGACUCCAACUAUGUUGUAAAAGGAAAUGUGCGCUUGCCUGUGAAGUGGAUGGCUCCUGAGAGUAUUUUCAAAGGGGUGUACACAAUGCAAAGUGAUGUCUGGGCCUAUGGCAUUCUACUGUGGGAAAUCUUUUCUCUUGGAGUCACCCCAUAUCCUGGUAUAACUGUAAAUAACACUUUCUACACUAUGAUUGAAAGUGGUUAUCACAUGGAGCAGCCCUAUUAUGCAUUAGAAUCUGUAUACAAUGUGAUGUGUCACUGCUGGUCACUAGAUCCAGUAGACCGACCCUGUUUCUCCAAGCUUGUGGCCUUCAUGCAAAAGGAGUUGGCUGCUUUUGAAGAGAGGCUCUAUUACAAUACUGGAGGAUACUGCCACAAUGACUUAAUAUAUCAGAAUGCACCAGUAACCCCUGGCCCUACAUUGCUGGAAGAAAGAGGAGAUGUCUGUCAGACAUCGCCGGUGAACUCAUCCUCCAACACAGAGAAUUCAGAUGAAGGCAAAGCCAUGGAGGAUUUCGGAUCGGUAAUAACAGAACCUCUCAUUUGAAGAUUAGGAGUUCAGGCCAGGAGUAUGCAAUUAAGUCUGGCGCCGGGAAAAAAAAAGUUUUUUUCAGCACAUGCUUCCAUAAAUAACAACUUAUUUCACAUCUGAGAUACAUUAUUGUUGGUAUUGCAAUGAGUAAUUCAGGUGGAUGUUUUUAGGACUAAUAAUGAAUAAGUAUUCUGAAGUUUUUCAAUUAUUAACUUGUAUGUACAGUGAGCUCUUCAGAAGUGUGUGAGUGUAAAUGCUGUAAUUAAUCAGUAAAAAAAGAAUUAUAUGUAGUUUUGUGCAUCAAACUGCUUUCCUGUAAGUGCUGAGAUAAUGAUCUUUCUUCAUGAACUUAAACCAAUAUUAAAAACAAAAUAUAUAUAUUUUAGAAAUUGGUAAAUUCUAAAAGUAAGAGUUUGGACAAUAUGAAUAUGUUUUUAAAAGAUGGAUGUUUGGCUGUGUCUUGCAUUAUGAAAUUGCUUGAUGUUGCUAUCUUUUUUACUCUGUGUAUUUUUCAAUGUAUUUAUUCAAUUGUCCUUUGACUUUAUUGUUAAAUCAUUACUUCUGACUCAUUAUAUAUCAAUGUAUCAAUUAUCAACAAGGAUAUUUUUAUAGUAUGCUUUGUUAUGCCUACAGUUUGAUUGUAACAGAAAUUUAAUAUUGCUAAUUUGCACAACGAUGAGUUCCAUAACAUCCAGUGCAUUCUGUCAUUCUAACAUUGUACGACUGCAAAAAUCAGCAAAGGAAAAAUGUUCACACCCUCUUAGCCUGCUGUUAACAUUAAACAUUCUUAACUUUUUCCAGUUCACUGCCUAUGAAUUGAUAACGGAAUAAAAUAGUGAUGGCAAAGUAAUAAAUGGCUGAUUUUCCUUGAAACAAAUCUGAUGAAUCCUUGAUUUUUGGGCAUUGGCUCACACAAACCUUUUUAUCAUUCCAAACCUAUCAAUUACAAUGGUAACUCUAAAGAUGCCAAAACCAAAUAAAAAGUUAAAACAAGUUCAUUGUUAUAAUUCUUUGUCAUUUCAGAGUGUUAUAGGGUUUUCAACCUGGGUCCAGGGACCCCAGGGGGCCUCAAGGGGGUGCUAGGGAGUCCGUAAAAUUUUUAAAGGAAAAAUAGGGCAACAAAAAUUCUAAAAAAAUAAUAAUUAAAAUAAUAAUUAAAACAUUUUUUUAAAUUAUUUAUUUAAAAAAAGAACAUUUGAUCAAAUUAAUGGUUCCUUCUGCUUUCUAAAGACUGGUCGAAAAUCAUACGGUUAU